UGGGUCGCUCUACAGUGUCAACCUGUCAAGUAGUCCUAAGCUGGCUGAGUUGUCCCGAUUGUUGAUUGAUGUGAAAAUGGCAUCCACGGCGGACGAAGAAGCAAGACGUCUGGAUGAAAAAAUAGCUGAGAUAAGACGUAAAAAUGAGUUGAUUCUAAGACGAAGAAAAGAAAUCGAAGACGAUAAAAAACUAGCUGAACAACAAAAUGCUGUAGUUCAGUUGAAACCUUCCACGGAAGAUUGGCCCCGUGAACGCACACCCGCCAUGAAGCCCAGCAAAAGAGACAUGGCGGCCGCCAAUUAUUCUUAUCAGGAUACUCCACCCUCUCGCGACAGUGUACGUAGAGAUAGACCUGGUACUACCUCAGGCUCUAGAGGAAGUGAACUCAUGGAAAAGGGAGCGGGUCCCCCUCCUGAUCCUAGGAGUUUUCUCUCCGAUCCAGACCGUGAAAGUAGUUUUGGCAACAGCAGAGACAGACCACAAACAAACAGGCGUGAUUUGGGACACGAAUUUCGGGGCAAAGGAGCUCCGCAGAGGGAAAACUAUGAUGAACGGGGAAGAGGAGGUGGACGAAGAGGUGGAGGAAGAGAAUGUGUAGGAGGAGGAGAGAGAGAACGAGGAGGAGGAGGAGGAGGAAACAGGGAGAGGAGAAACAGAAUAGACGAAAAUUGGCGCGAGGAACGGCAUCAAAUAGAUGAAGCGAGAGUACAGCGACAGAAAGGUCCCGAUGGAGGCUGGAGGAGGGAGUGGGACAACGAAAAAAUGACUUUCGACGUCGAAGGCGAUGACAAUAAGCAUCCGGCAUUGACACCCACCAAGACAGCUCCACCAAAGACUGGCGGUCUCUCUUCAAGACUCAAUCGUUGGAGGGAAACUGACAAUAAAGGUACAAUACUCUCCAUUCAAUUAUUGGAUAGAGCGCAAAUUUCACAGAGUGUCCCUCGAAAGGUGUAAAAGCCGAAGACCAUA